AAGUAUAAAACCUCAGAAGCUCCAGUGCUCCUCACACAGCCAGCAUCUCCUCUCCUCACUCAUCCUUCCUGGUGCUUUGGGGUUCCGUUCCUCCUUAGACAAGAUGUCUCACCAGAAAAAGCAGCCCACCCCUCAGCCCCCAGUGGGCUGUGGGAAAACCUCCGGCGGCGGCGGCGGCGGCGGCGGCUGCGGCGGCGUCUUCUACAGCGGCGGCGGCGGCGGCUCCGGUAGCUGCGGCGGCUCCGGGGGUGGCGGCGGCGGCUCGGGUGGAAGUGUCAAGUAUUCUGGAGGCGGCGGCAGCUCCGGCUGCGGCGGCGGCUACUCUGGCGGCGGCGACGGUGGCUCUGGUGGAAGUAUCAAGUAUUCCGGGGGCGGCGGCAGCUCCGGCUGCGGAGGCUACACCUCCGGCGGCGGCUCCUCCAGUACCGUCUGCUACUCCUCCGGCGGCGGCUCCGGGGGCGGCUGCUACUCCAGCGGCGGCGGCUCCUCCGGGGGCGGCUGCUACUCCAGCGGCGGCGGCGGCGGCGGCUCCGGGGGCGGCUGCUACUCCAGCGGCGGCGGCUCCUCUGGGGGCGGCUGCUACUCCAGCGGCGGCGGUGGCUCCUCCGGCCAGCAGGUCCAGUGCCAGAGCUACGGGGGCGUCUCUAGUGGGGGCGACUCCGGCUGCGGCGGCAUCAUCUCCGGGGGCGGCUCCGGCUGCGGCGGCAUCUCCUCCGGGAGCGGCUGCGGCGGCAUCUCCUCCGGGGGCGGCUCCGGCUGCGGCGGCAUCUCCUCCGGGGGCGGCUCCGGCUGCGGCGGCAUCUCCUCCGGGGGCGGCUCCGGAUACUUCUCGUCCUCCCAGACCUCCCAGACUCCGUGCUUGCCCCAGCAGAGCUACGGAGGGGGCUCAUCCGGCGCCGGCUGCGGCGGCGGUUCCUCCGGGGUCAGCGGCUGCGUUUCCAGCGGUGGGGGCGGCAGUGGAUCCGGCUGCGUGGGAGGCUCCUCCGGGGGCGGCGGCGGCUGCUUCUCUAGCGGUGGGGGCGGCAGCGGUUCCGGCUGCGGCGGCGGCGGCUCCUCCGGGGGUGGUUCCGGGGGUGGCAAGGGCGUCCCAGUCUGCCACCAGACCCAGCAGAAGCAGGCGCCUACCUGGCCAGGCAAGUAAGGCCCCCCUGGACACCACGGAGACGAAGAAGCAGGAGGUGUUCUCCGUGGGCUGGAUGGGCUUACCGCUCUCAUGAUAUUGCCCUGAGGUUUCUCCGCCCUUCACAUCUGAAUCCACCAGAAGAAGCCAGUGAGCUCUGGAGCUGCGUCUUGUUCUGCAGUUUGCCCUCCCUGGUUUCUAUACAACUGCCUCCCAAUCCCAGUACCUUCUCAGUCAAUAAAUUUGCAAAUCAUGAGAA